GGUGCCGAAAGUCGUCAUGACAGUCUGCAGCAAGUGGAUUGAGACUAUCAAUUGAGCAAGAUGGCUGCUCAAUGGAGCAGUGAAACUUUCGUUGCGGAGUUUAAAGACCUGCAGGCAAAUGUCAUGGCACUGGAUUGCCUUGGAUCAUGGGCUUUGCUUGCAGGGAAAAAGGUCUAUGCCUUUGUGAGUCUGGAUAAUCCAGAAGAAGGGGAAAGUUCACCAACUGUUGUGCGUGUUGCACGACAGAGUAAAUGGGAUACAUGUUGUGUCCAGUUCAACCCUCACGCAUCACAUGCACAACUCUACGUCACAGCAUGCAACCAGCGCUUAGACAUCUACAGUAUGGACGAUAAAAGUGGAAAUGCAAGGUGUUCUUUGAAAGCACAUUCAUGGAUCAUAAGUGAUGUAGACUGGUCGCCUUUUGAUGUAAAUGUAGUUGCUUCAUGCUCAAUUGACAGUUUCACCUACCUCUGGGAUAUCAGGGAUUCGAAAAAGCCUGUCAGCACUUUUCAGACUGUUGCUGGCGUGUAUCAAGUCAAGUGGAAUAAAGUUACGAACAAUUUGUUUGCGACAACUCAUGAAGGUGAUGUCCGAAUAUGGGACCCAAGGAAAGGCAAUACUCCUCUUCAGUAUACCUGCCAUUUUUCCAAGAUCUAUGGCUUAGACUGGAGUCCAAACAGUGAAUUUCAUCUUGUCACAGCUAGUCAAGACUGCUAUGUCAGAAUAUGGGACUACACAAACCCAAAGAACUGUGAGGGAUCAAUCAAUUCAGGUGCUCCUGUCUGGAGAGCAAGAUAUACUCCCUUCGGAACAGGACUAAUGACUGUUGUAGUACCUCAAUUGCGGCGAGGAGAAAAUAGUCUAUAUUUAUGGAAUAUGGAUGCACAAAACCAAGUACAGCCGAUUCAUACCUUUGUUGGCCACAAAGAUGUUGUUUUGGAGUUUCAGUGGCGUCGACAGACAGAUGGUGUGCGGGAUUACCAGCUAGUCACAUGGUCCAGAGAUCAGAGUCUUCGCAUUUGGAGGAUUGAACCCAGUCUUCAGCGGCUGUGUGGUCAUGACACUGGUGAGGGCUUGGAAUUGGACUUAACAGGCAGCUCCUACAACAGCUCCGAAUCCACCAUCAAAGACCUGAGGGAAUUGAGUCAAAGUGAAAGUGGGCCGUUGGAAGAGGAUCAGGGUGUCAAAACAACAACAGUCAUGGCACAGCAGCCUUACUCUCUUCAGCAGGAGUUCAACCUCAUGAACAAGAACAUACCCAACAUCACCAUAGAUGAGCUAAAUGCUCAGGAUCAUGUGUGUCGAGUAACUUGGAAGUGUGGUGCAGAGUCUGGAAGCUUGGAGCUGACCUUUCCUGUUGGUUACCCCAACAAUAUUGCACCUUCUGUCAAGUUUUUGAGCACAACCUUAGAUUCCAACAUACAGAGGAAGAUUCAUCAAGGCAAUAAACGAGACUUCCAGCGGCUUGUUAGGCGCAAUAAUAAUUGUCUGGAACCAUGCCUACGACAGAUGGUGAACGAGCUUGACAACAUUUUGGACGAACGGCGAUCACCAGAUACUGAAGCAUCUUUUCCUCGUGGGCAGCAGCCUCCUAUAGUGCAGCCAUCACCUUACCUUCCCUUGUAUUCACUAGGCAGUUUCCAGGAUUCCAGUAUUCCCUUUCCACGCACAAGUGGUGCUCGGUUCUGCUCAAACGGUCUGCUUGUGUUGUUUGGCGUUCCAGCAGAAAUGAAGAAAGUUUCAGGUGGGACAGAAAUAACUCCAAAGUCUCUCUCGGACCUGGCAGCCUUUACGCAGGCCCCAUGGAAAGCCAGCAGCACAAUAUCUGCUUUCUCGGCAAUCUUCUCUCGCAGUCCGCCUACACCAAGCUCGGAUCUGCCAUCCAUCUCUGACUUCUUUAUACAUAAAGACAAGCACAAGCCACGUUCCGGAAGGCAUCGAAAGCAUGAACUAGUGGACAAGUCCACCAAAAAGCAGCAGUCAGUUGGCAAGGUCAAAAUCUUUGAUGGCACGCCCCUUUUGGGUAUCAGCCGUUUUUUGGCCCAGAACUACAAACUGGACGUGAAUGAUCUAGAAGGGUCAUGUCGCCAUAAUGCAAGUAUAGCAGCUAGCAUUGGAAGAAGAGAUCUUGUUCAGGUGUGGAACAUGGUUUCCGUCAUGUCAUCAAAAGCACUCUCACCCAAUCCCAAUCCUGAUAGUGGUACACCAUGGGCCAGACUGCCCUUUGGAAGACGGCUACUUCAGUACAUUCUUGACCGCUACAUAGAACUGCAUGAUGUCCAGACCUUGGCCAUGCUGUGUUGUGUCUUCUGGACUCCGGAACCUGGCCCAAAAGUUGAACGAGCAACUUCUAAAUCAUCUGUAGAGUAUGUGCCAGCAGAUACGGACGCAAACAUUACUUAUUAUCAGCCUGGCAGUAGUACAGAUAGUGGCUGGAGCCUCCUGCAGAGCACUGUGGGCCCCAAUUCCUUCAACCUGCCCCCAGUGGCAAUCGCACCCACCUCGUCCUCAACCCAUGGCCCACCUGUUCACCCUGGCACAGGUCACAUGUGUGAAGUAGCCUCACAGCCCAACCUGGCGGCCCUCUUCAAAGCAGGCUGCAGCCAAGUUCUGAGUGAAGCGGCUGUUGCCAAAAACAAGCGAUCGUUGAGCUGGUCGGAGUCCUAUGACGACUUCAAAAUCUAUGACAUCAAAAACCCACAGGAAAGAGCUGCCGAACAGGAGCGGCUUCAGCAUGAAGACAACAGCAAGAUGCUGGACCCAGCUCGAUGGCAGCAGCAUGAGGAGUUCAAGCAAUCAUACGCCCGCAUCUUAUACAACUGGCGUUUGCUUGAACAGCGCUCUCAUAUCCUUCAGUUCACAUCAACGCCAGUCUCCCAGCAUAAGGGCUUGGAGUUUGCGGUGCAUUGCCACAAGUGUCAGCAAGAGAUCCGAGGCCCCCAGUGCAGCUCUUGUAAACACCCUGCCCUGCAGUGCGCUAUAUGCCAUUUGGGAGUGCUAGGUGCAGCCAACUUUUGCCUAACCUGUGGUCACGGUGGCCAUACAGCACACAUGAUGGAGUGGUUCAUGAAAAAAGGUGUUUGUCCCACCGGCUGUGGCUGUGACUGUCUUCGGGAGAACAUAUUUGGUGGUUUGUAGGUCUACUGAAGAAAUUUUUUGAAAUAUCUUCUUAUCAGACACAGACUCCACUCCUGGACCUGUAGGUUUGUAGGUCACAAGAUGGUGCAUUUCAGAGUUUGGCACAUGUGCUGUUUUUCUGUCACUCGGGUCUCAAAUGUGAAGCAUUUGCUCGCCUGGAACUUGGUGACAAAAUCAUGAGAUUUGGAUACAGCAGAAAACAUGCACGUUAUAUGGAUCUGUGAUAGUGAUGUGGAUUGCUGGAAGAGUCAUGGAGAAUAGAAGCCUCCACUCUCUCAGCUGCUUACUUUCCUCAAUGUUUUUUUUAUCGUGUUCCCAACAGCUUGUCAUAGAUUUCCUUGGGAUGAUACGAAGGCAAGGGUGAAAAGAGAGGAACAAAGAAAGUUUGUGGAUCAUCAUUGUGGUUCACUUUACUGAUUCUGCUGUGGGAAUAAUACAUACUUCAUUCACUUUCCAUGUUUCUGGAAGAUGCUUCUGGAGUGGACUGUUCUGAAUGAUAUUCUGUAUGUGCUUUGACUGUGUCAAAUAAUUUUUGCCUCAGGGACUUGGCAUCUGCAAGUGUGCUUGUACAUUUUGUUUCAAACACUUGAACUUUGACCUGAACUAGCUACUGUUCUGUGAAAAAGAUUAAAAAGAAUUGAAAUAUG